AUGCGGGAUGGGGAGAUGCGGGAUGGGGAGAUGAGGGAUGGGGAGGCGAGGGAUGGAGAAAUGAGAGACUGGGAGGUGAGGGAUGGGGAGGGAAGGGAUGGGGAGGUGAGGGAUGGGGAGAUGCGGGAUGGGGAGAAGAGGGAUGGGGAGAUGCGGGAUGGGGAGAAGAGGGAUGGGGAGAUGCGGGAUGGGGAGAUGCGGGAUGGGGAGAAGAGGGAUGGUAAGAUGAGAGGCUGGGAGGUGAGGGAUGGGGAAGGGAUGGGGAGGCGGGGAUGGGGAGGCGGGGAUGGGGAGGUGAGGGAUGGGGAGGCGGGGAUGGGGAGGCAGGGAUGGGGAGGUGAGGGAUGGGGAGGUGAGGGAUGGGGAGGGAAGGGAUGGGGAGGUGAGGGAUGGGGAGAUGCGGGAUGGGGAGAAGAGGGAUGGGGAGAUGCGGGAUGGGGAGAUGCGGGAUGGGGAGAAGAGGGAUGGGGAGAUGCGGGAUGGGGAGAUGCUGGAUGGGGAGAUGAAGGAUGGGGAGAUGAGGGAUGGGGAGGUGAGGGAUGGGGAGAUGAUAGACUGGGAGGUGAGGGAUGGGGAGGGAAGGGAUGGGGAGGGAAGGGAUGGGGAGGCGGGGGAGGGAAGGGAUGGGGAGGCGGGGAUGGGGAGUUGAGGGAUGGGGAGAUGCGGGAUGGGGAGAUGAGGGAUGGGGAGAUGAGGGAUGGGGAGGCGAGGCAUGGGGAGAUGAGAGACUGGGAGGUGAGGGAUGGGGAGGGAAGUGAUGGGGAGGUGAGGGAUGGGGAGGUGAGGGAUGGAGAGGGAAGGGAUGGGGAGGCGGGGAUGGGGAGGCGAGGGGCCGGGGGAUUCGCGUGGGCGACGGAGGGAAGUGAGCGUGUGCGGAGUACGGGCAGUGAGCGUGGGCGACGGAUGGGGGGAGUGCGUGUGCGGCGUGGAGGGGAGAGCGUGGGCGACGAGAGGGAAUCGCGUGGCCGAGCGAGGAGGAGUGAUGGUCUCCCCUCAAGGGGAGUGAGCGUGUGCGACGGAGGGGACCUUCGUGACAGGUGGGGAGUGAGAGAACGCGGUGAGAGGGAGAGAGCGUGGGCGGCGGACGGAGCGUAUUCGCGCGCGACGGGAGGGAGUGCGCGCGAAUACAAAGCUGCGGGGAGGAGGAGAUGGGGUGAGGCGGAGAUGCGGGAGGCAGUGUGCGACGGGAGGGAAUAG